CAGCAGACAGUCAGUCACACUAUACCCACUUCGUCUUCACUCCGUACAGUUGAAAGAGGAUUCUGGAGUGUGAAAAUGUCUGCAGUGAUGUGGGGACGUGUCUGAAUUUUGAUCCGUCUGUCUUAGGAGAGAAUGGUGGAGGAAGCUGCCUCGUUACACACCUCUCAGCAAGAUCUCGGGUGUACAACGCCAUCUACCAUUUUCUCUCUCUCUCUCUCUCUCUCUCUCUCUCUCUCUCUCUCUGUGAUUGGAUAGACAGCCUGAUGGUGAAACUCAACGUGCCAGUGAUGUCAACGGCGGACUGCAGACUGUAACCAUGGGCAACGUGGAGAGCCAGAACGGCGACCAUGCCUUCUACGGCACCCAACAUGGCUACCUAUCCCGCAAACACAUGUCUCGUUCCCUCCGCAUCUCCAAGCACCAGUCCAGCUCCGGUUCCACCCGCUGCACCCACGACCGCCACGCCACUCAGGGCAAAGUAGAACACCGUAACUCUGAGACCUCCACGCGUUCCAGCAGCACCCCUAGUAUCCCACAGUCCUUAGCGGAUCACGCACUGGAGCCCUUCAACCAGACCAAUGUCCUGUCAGACUUCUCCCCUAUUUGGGUGGAUCGUAUGGCCAUGAACCUCCGGCCCGUCUCCUUCCAUACCCACCUGGACAACCCGUCUGUAGGGCCCCACCUGGACAACCCAUCUGUAGGGCCCCACCUGGACAACCCGUCUGUAGGGCCCCACCUGGACAACCCAUCUGUAGGGCCCCACCUGGACAACCCCUCUGUAGGGCCCCAGUUAGACCCAGCAACACCAGGGACUAGACCCCAGUGCCCCCAGGACAGAGGUCUAGGCCUGUACAAUAACACUGGGGAUGGGACCUACCUCCAGAAGACCAGAGAUGGACCCCGGGAACCCGGGAACCCGGGGGAGGGAGUCAGCUUUAAGAAGAAGAGGUCCAAAUCAGCCGACAUGUGGAGAGAACACAGUCUGGAGUUCAGUCUGUCAGACCUCAGCCAGGAACAUCUCACCAGCACAGAGGAGAUCAUCGACACCGAGGAGGCAGACGACAGGGACUUCCCUGAUUGUGAAGGCCUGCUGGGGCUCGUGUCCCCAGAGGGUCUGGAGGGUGUGGACGCUGCUGGCAGGGCCAACUCCCUGGAUCAGCUGUAUGGCGGUCAGAAGACCCCAACUCGCCGGCCCGUGGCACGCUAUGCUAAGUGGCACCAUGACGCUAACCGCGAAGCCCGGGAGGGAGAGGACGAUAAGAUGCUGUCUCCGUCGGAGGAGGAUGGGAACUCGUACGGAGCGUACACUCUGCCCUGUCGACGCUCACACUGCCUGUCUGAGGGCCUGACCAAUCACCAGGCUGCCUCCUGUAACACCAUGCAGGGCCGCAGAGCACAGACCAUACAGGAUCGGAAGCAGCAGCGGGGAGGAGCCAGUGAGGGGUCAGGGGUCUACGAGAACUUCAGACAGGAGUUGGAGAUGAGCUCGUGUCAGACAGAGAGUCUGGAGGAGGCGGGGUCAGCCCUGAGUGACGAACAGAGCGUCAUGAGCUCAGCCUACCAAUCAGAUCCCCUGCUCAGCGUUGCCCAGGGAACCGUGAGGAAGGCGGGCCGUCUGGCUGUCAAGAACUUCCUGGUUCACAAGAAGAACAAGAAGGUGGAGUCGGCCACCAGGAGGAAGUGGAAGAGCUACUGGGUCUGCCUCAAAG